ACUCCCGGGUCAGGUGAGACCAGACAGACUAUGGGUGAGACGUGUCCAAGAACGUCUGGCAGGGACACAUUAUUAUGCACAUACACAGUGUAUGGGCACAUGUCACCUCUACGUCACUUUACAGCGUGAUUGCUGGAGGCACAUGACCGGGCUGUUUACACCUCCACAUUGUUCAGCGGUAUGACAGCGAACAUAGCUGCUUGCACACUUACUACAGCAGUGAUAAAGCGAAGGUAAUUGUGUGAAGUGGGCAGUCACAGAGGGUCGCUAAAGGAAAGCUGCUGUAUUCACCUCAAACCCUGGAGAGCACCAUGGAAGACACAGAUGUGGAGCAGGUGACGCUGGCUUUAUUAGAUGCUGCAAAUGACAAAGACACAGGGGUCCAGGAACAGGUCAGGAAGUCUGUCCUUACCCUGGGGAAGACACAGCCAGAGCGUGUCCUAGCCAUGUGCCAAGACUACCUGCUCAAACACCCAAAGCUUAUUGUGAGCCACAGAGUUGUGAUUCUUCGAACAAUUGAACUGAUUGUAGACAGCAAAAUAGACUACAUCAGUUCCAAUAAAAUCAAAAGCAUCAUCUCCCUUGCAUCUGAUGAAAUGACGCGUUCAAAGGAUGUCAUCCCUGAUUGGCAACAGGCAGCAAGUAAUAUUUUGGUUGCUGUGGGUAACAAGCACAUAAAUGACAUCAUGGAGGAGAUUUUGAGCAAGUUUCAGCCUGGAGUCCUGCCCCACUUCUUUGUUGUUCAGACAUUGGCCAAUCUGUCAGACUCAAACGUGUUUGGUAUGGUGCCUUUCUUGAAUGCUAUAUUAGGUACAAUGUUGCCCAUGCUCAACAUGGCCAAACAGGACAACAUGAAGUGGGUAUUUUCUUCUGCGCUCCGUCAUUUCAGUGACAGUAUCCUGGAGUAUCUGGCAAACCUUGAUAAAGCUCCGGAUCCCACGGUUAGAAAAGACACCUUCUCCAGUGAAAUCUGUGCUGCUUUUGACAUACUUUUCCAAAACUGGUUACAAAGCAGAGAGCCUAAGUUGAGGCUUACUGUGGCUGAGGCAUUGGGGUCUAUGUGCCACCUAAUGGCAAGUGACAAACUGGAGGAGCACAUUCCAAAACUGAUUCCGUCGAUUUUGUCUUUGUAUAAAAAACACAACAAUGAACAUUAUAUUAUAAGCAAGAGCUUGUGCCAAGUGCUUGAUGCCUCUGUCAAUAUGGGCAGCCGAGUGUUGGAAACACAACUGGACAGUUUACUCUUCGCUCUUCAUCAUCAGGUGUCUGUCUCAGUGGAUUACAGUAACCCACCAACCGUAAAGAACCACAACGAGGUCCUUCGCUGCUUCAGUUUGCUCGCAAACACAUUUCCAGACCGGCUGAUUAUGUUUGUACUGCAGAGGUUAGAAAACACCAAUGAAAGAAGUAGACUGGGCUCUUUGGCUGUGCUUCGCCACCUGAUCAACUCUACUACUUCCACAAUGGAGACCAAAAAGCUUCUGAUAUUGGCCAGCAUUAGACAACCAAUGGCCGACCACAGCAAUAAGGUGAAGAAGCGAGUGGUACAGGUCAUUAGUGCCAUGGCCCAUCACGGUUAUCUCGAACUGGAAGGAGGAGAGUUACUGGUUCGGUUCAUCGUUCAAAACUGUGCACUACCUGACACGUACCAUCGUGGACAAAGAACCACAGAUCCAGAAGAGGUGACAAAUGAGGCCCUUCGAUCCAUGUGUGACAAUACUCUCCAUCUGCUCACCACCACUGUUGGACAACUAGCAGAUGUUCUUUGGCCAAAACUUUUGUAUUUCCUGACUCCCCCACAAUACAGCAAUGCCACUACUCCUCUCUGUAAAAGUUUAGUUGUUCUUGGAAAUAAGAAGAAACUUAACCAGGAGAGCAGUUUCCACAUUGACUUCACACAAGAAGUUAAUUUACCUACCCCUCAUACACUAUUCAUAAGACUUCUGGUGAAUGCAGCCUUUCCAUAUAAUAGCAGAGACCAUGGCGCACCUUCACUCUCUUUGCUUCAAGUUCUCAGCACCAACAUCCAUCCAAAGUUAGACACACUAUGGGACAAUGAGAUACCGCCAUUAUUAACACUUUUAGAAGAGUUCACAGUUGAGAGUCUUGACAAGAAAAGCUGGGAUGAUAAAUUGUUAAAGUUCUUGUCCAAAACACUAGUUACUAUUGAAGAAGACAAGUGGAUCUGUCAGUUGGCAUCUGAAGCAACCCGGUACCUCUCCACAUAUAACAAUGCCUUAGAGGAAAAGAGCUUCCUUUAUCGGUGCACUGGAGUGAUUCUUCAGCAAAGUUUCAACAAAGAGCAAGUUAAAAAACAGUUGCAUGAAAUUCUGCUAUCAGCUCACCAUAGUGAUGCCAUUGAGAGAGAGGGAGUUGCGAUGGGUGUUGGUUUGUGCGCAAACAGCCAUCUGGAGGGUACACUGGCAAAACUGGAGGAGUUUGGCAAAUCAGAAGCUUUUAAGAAGUCCCCAAGCAUUUUCAACUUGCUAAAAGAGCGUAAUGAAGUUGAAGUGGAGAAAGUGAAGAGUACUUUAAUCCUGUGCUAUGGACAAGUGGCUCUGUACGCUCCUCCAGAAAAGAUCCUGAACCGCAUCGACCAGGACAUCCUCCGAAACAUCAAUAAACACUUCAAUACUAAGGUUCUGGGGAUAAAAGUAGAAACUAAGGACAUGACCAUGAAGCUGAGCCUGAUCCAGAGUGUUGGUUUUAUUGCUAAAGCCAUCAGUGAGUGUGUGAAGAAACAGGGCUAUGUUUUCACUCGCAAACAAGAACUCAUCACAACUAUGUUGGAUUUCAUAAAGGCUGAGGCAGCUGAUUCGUUGAGAACUCCAGUGCGCCAUCUAGUGAUGACAACUUGUGCCAACCUAAUUGCUCUUGACCCAGCUCUGAGCGAGAAUGAGAUUUUUGAUUUGCUGAAGAUUUGUGUGAACAGUGUGUUUUCAUUGCCACCUGAGACACACUCACCUGAGAAAGUGAAAGAAGACGAAAUACUUGAUCCUAAACAAAGACAGACACUUUACAAGGACACAUUAGCGGCACUUCAAGAUCUGCUCAGGAGUGUUCUGUCCAGAGACCCAACUCCGGAUGGUCUGCAGAGUGUUUUUAAGCACAUUGAAUCCUGGUUAAGUUCAAAUCAGGAUCACGAGAGGGAGCGAGCCGUUUCUGUAACAUCAAACAUACUAUCAUACUAUCUCGAUAUCCUCACAGUCAAGAAUAUGGUUUCUUUCCACAAUCUUGGAGCUCUACUUGGGCGGCUGUCUCCACGUUGCUCUGACCCUGUUCCCACUGUGCGAACCGCAGCUAUUGACUGUCUAUAUACUCUGCUUUAUAUACAACUACGAUAUGAAGGAUUUGCCCUUGAUUAUAAGGAUGAAGGCGUGGACAGUUUACUACAAUUAAAAGAAAGUCUAGAAAACCCAGACCAUGCAGUCCUCUAUAAAACUUGUUCAGAAACCACCAAGGUGAUGAGUAAAAGAUUGCCACAGCAGCAGUUGACGACACUGGUUUUUAUGCUGUUUGAGGGACUAGUGGACAGCCAGGCAAACUGCUGUAGAGCCUCUUCUGUCAUCCUCAAUACUCUACUCAAGAACAGAGGAGGCGGACUGCAGGAACUGGUUCCUGAGAUGCUUGAGGUGUUACAUGUACGAUUGCAGAACAUUACAGAUGACCAGGUAAGAGUCGCAGUGGGACAGACAGUAUUGAUCUUGGCUUCUCAGCAUCUACAAACCGUAAUCAACACACUAAUAAACCAGCCACUUCCAUAUGACAGUUGGAUCAGUGAGAUGUGGAUGGCUUUGGGAUCAGACGCUGUUGUAGCCAAACAAAUAAUGGAAAUGGUGAUGGAAAAACUGCUCAUUUUGGCUCCGUAUGUUGACCGCAAAGAUGGAAUGAUUAGAGGAGGAACUACUAAGAUAGCCACAAACCAGCCUCUUGCUAUGACAUGUGGACUUAAAGACUUAUUAUUAAAUGGCCAAAGUCAAGAGCCUACUCUGAGCUUAUUCCCACAGCUUUUCUCAUCUCUCACCGUGAGAAUUGGGGCAAGUGUAGGUGUUGCUGCUCCAAAAGACAAUGCAAAACAGGCUGGCACUCUCCAUGUAGCAGGGGUUGCAGCUGACGCACUGAGAAUCUUGUUAGCUCGAGCCCAGAUGGAUGAAGUCAUGAAAAGACUAGAUGAAGAUAAUGCUUGGGAUGCAAUGAGAGAGCACAAUUCACACAUAAGUGGAAUUACACUGCUGGCCAGAGCUGUUGCUAAGCAUGCUGGUCCACGGUUACCAGCGAUCGUUGAAUGCUUGUGUCCAUCUCUAAAUAACAUCUAUGAAUGCCAGAGGAUUACUGUCACAGCUUUCUUUUCUGAGCUUUUAAACCAUCACGUGGUGACAGAGCUGAUGCUGAUCGAUGUGUUGAUGAACAACAUGAUGGAGAGGAUAUCGGACCACUGCAGCACUGUCCGAAUGUUGGCUGUGAGGGGCUUGGGCAACAUAGCUGUUGGAUCACCUGAAAAGGUGAAUAAAUAUGCAAAGGAGUUGCUGGCAGCUAUGAGCUCAGGCAUGGAGGAGAAGGAUGAUCCAGGUAAACUGAUCACUCUUGAGGCUAUGUCUGGUCUGUCAAAAGUUCUCCUUCAUCUUGAUAAGAAAAAUGUUCAUUUACUAGUGGUCUAUAUUUUUAUGAAGAUUAAGCCAUUCUUGGAGAGUGAGAAUGAUGAGAUUCGCUGUGCAUCCAUACAUCUGAUGGGAAACCUGUCAAAGUUUGGAUCAGGAGAGCCAGUUUUCAAAGACCAGAUCCACAAUGUCCUGGUGAGCCUGCUACUGCACCUGGUUGACCCAAACCCAGAGGUUGUUAAGGCCUGUAAGUAUUCAAUGCGUAUUUGUGCUCCUGUGGUGGGCUCAGAGCAAAUCACAUCCAUGUUUCAAAACCACCUUCACGAAGACAAGAACCUGCACUACGGAGAGUUCAUCAAUGACCUCACUAAAUACCUGAUCCAGGACUUCCCAAGCAUGUUAAACUUCUAUCACAUCUCCGUGAUCCAGUUCUUCAAAAGCAACUGGCCUGAAGUCAGAGCUGGAGCCGCCAUGUUUAUAGGGUUUCUACUCGGUAAUGUACAAGAGGAGCAUCUUUCCCAUCUCAACAUGGGCACUAUCACUAAAGGUCUUGUGAUGCUGCUUCAAGAUCCAGAUCCUGUUGUGAGGGUUAAAGCUGCUGAGGCCAUGGGGCAUUUUCACUGACACAAAUUAAGUUAUACUACAAUGUUUGAAAAUAACGAACGGAGAGAGAUGUAUUUGUUUAUAGGCCUGACAUUAACUACAGUGAUUGGAUAUUAGUGUCUCACCUUGGCAACUAAUGACAUUCUUGCACAUACAGAGCUAUAUAGAGUAGUUAGCAGCAAACAUUUUACGUUUAUCUCUGUUACUUGAAUGCUUAUGUUAACUUUAUUUUAGUGACCAAAGACUGUGUUUCUGUAGCAUUUAGCAGGGCAAUAAUCAGUGUUUUGUCAAUGUGCAAAUUGCAGAAUACAUUUUAGAAGAAAAGUAUAGUACAUAUGAUUUAUUUUAUAACUUGGUAUGUGAAUAGAAAAUCUAUAUUUAGUACCUGACAGUAGCAUCUGAGGUAGUUUAAACAUUAAAUUACAUAAAGGUAAACUGGUGACUGGUCUGCUACUUGCUUGUUUCCAAGUAGAAGUCAUCGUUUUUCCUUGAAUGUUUCCCAGUAUAGAAUUAAGCUUAUUUAUCUUUAUGGAGACAAAUGACUAUUAGACCCAGUCACAGGUCACAACUGUGGAGAAGUGAACUCGCUGUAAGAAUGCAUAUAUCUUGUACAAGAAAUAUAAGUUUAAUGUUGCACUGUGGAACAUUCCAGGAAAAGAAAUAACUGCUCCUUGGACACUCGUUACUUAACAGACCGUCCACCAGUAAAUGUAAUAGUGACCCUUUAAUUUAGUGGUUCGGUCAUACCAGCAUUUGUAAUGAACAUAGUUGAGAGGUUGGGCAGUGUUACUGUAUAUGUGGGGAGAUGUCUGCCUCAGCACAUUUUCACUUGAAUCAUCUACAAAACAAAGGAUGAAAUUUGCAAUGAGCCAAAAAUCAUUAGUUAUCUUGGAUGUCUCAAAACUGUGGAUGGCUCAGUUGCCAAAGUAAAUACAUUUUGGCCUGUCUCUAGUGUACAAGUUGGUGGUAAUCCUGUAUGAAUCUGAACAAAAUGUAGCCUCAUAAUUAGUGCCAAAGCUUCAUUGUCAUCCAAUUUUAACUGAAUAAUCCAAACUGAAUGCCUUUGUACGCAGUUGUAAUCCAUGCUUGAAGAAAAUUGGGUCUUAUUUUGUUUGUAUAUAUUCAGGACAUGUCGAUGUUAAAUGAGCACUGCAAUGCAUGUUGUUGCCUUUUUCUUUUUGCACUUUCUCAAUGUUGUUAAAUGAUCUCUAAAGAUGAAUCAUGUAAAAUGUUAUUUUAAAGCUGACAAGAGGUACAUCUUCUAAUUAAGUGUCAUUAUAUGUAAUAUUGGCAUAUUCUGCUCCUGAAUGGGCUAUAUGAUCCAAAUAUUGAUGUGUGGGUACAUGGGUUGAAACUGAGUUAAAAUUAUUGUAUUUUUAAUUCUCUACCUGUCUCUUUGCAUUUUUUCAUGUCUUGAACUGUUUUAUGAAUGUCAUUUACAUCCUAAAGUGCAAGCUACUAAGCUAUGUAUGCAUUUUGGUGGGCCAUUGGAAUAUGUAAAUAGUAAUAAUAAAACCAAUAUUGUUAAAAAACUUA